CUCCGGCUUACCAAUAUGCAAAUUUGGAAUGCACACCACAUAUGCCUGGUGAUCCUAGUGUCCUCGGCGGUGCCAUUGAUCGGAGCAUUGAGCAGCACCGUUUGCGCGGAUCGCUUCACUGGCCUCUCGUUCGCUGACCCGGCCAGUUGCUCCAGCUUCUAUGUGUGCCAGCGUGGAAACGCCAUUCGGCGGGAGUGCUCCAGUGGUCUGUACUACGAUCCCAAGAUCCAGACCUGCAAUCUGCCCGGCCUAAUCAAAUGUUUCAACGGGGAUCGCGGCGUUGCUUUGCUGCCCGAAGUCAAACGAAACGGCACAGCGCUGCCUGAUGGAAAGCCCAAGGAGGUGGCCACCACGACGCCACCACACACGACGGCACCACACACGACGGCAGUGCCAUUGUUGGUAGUGACCACCAAAAACCCAAAAAUGGCUGCCACAGCUAUACCAAUAAGCCAAGAUGAUGCCAGUGAUGCCGAUGGUGCGCAUGCAGUUACCCAAGAUACACCGCACGGAAUGGAUGUUUUGAGAUCCUCGCGAGAUUGCCGUGGAAUAGCCGAUGGCGAGUACUUGGCAGACCCCAAACAUUGCCGCCGUUUCUACAUGUGCCAUAAAAAUCGGCCCAAGCGCCACAAUUGCCCCCGGAAUCAUUGGUUCGAUCGAGAGACGAAAUCCUGCCAGGUCCGAGAGAAGGUACUGAACUGUCCAUCCAAUCGGAAUUAGCUGCUGAAUGAUCUUGGCUGCAAAUGCCAUUUGCAUAUGUAGGAAAUGAAUUGUAACACCAUUGGUAAAUAAACCAAAGAGGCGUACACAAUAAUGCAGCAUGAAAAACAUUUUUUUUUUAAUUUUAAAUUUAGCUAGUUUUUAG